AUGACAUUUUUGUCCCCCAGGGAUGAUUGUAGCAUCUUCGAUGGGUUCAUGGAAGAAGAUGAGAAAGACAAAGCAAAACGAGUGUCCCGUAACAAGUCGGAGAAGAAACGACGAGACCAAUUCAAUGUCCUCAUCAAGGAAUUGGGCACAAUGUUGCCCGGCAACACCAGAAAGAUGGAUAAAUCCACCAUCUUACAGAAGAGCAUUGACUUCCUGUGUAAACACAAAGAAAUCGCAGCUCAGUCCGAGUCCUGUGAGAUUAGGCAGGACUGGAAGCCACCUUUUCUCAGCAACGAGGAGUUUACCCAGUUGAUGCUUGAGGCCCUUGAUGGCUUCUUCAUAGCAAUAAUGACUGAUGGCAACAUCCUUUACGUCUCUGAGAGUGUCACUUCCUUGCUAGAACACUUUCCGGCUGACUUGGUAGACCAGAACUUGCUAAACUUCCUCCCCGUCGGUGAACAUUCUGAUGUAUACAAAACUUUGUCUACACACCCUGGUGACACAGAGAGCCUUGGCUCAGAUUAUUUUAAGAGUAAAAACUACUUGGAGUUUUGCUGCCAUAUGCUUCGAGGGUCAAUUGACCCUAAAGACCCCCCUGUCUAUGAAUAUGUUAAGUUUAUUGGAAACUUCAAGUCCCUUAGCAAUGUUCCUAACAUAACCAGGAACGGUCUGGCAGGGGUUUUGCAGCGAUCACUACAGCCUGCCUUUGAUGACCAGGUGUGCUUUGUAGCCACUGUCCGACUCGCCAAACCUCAGUUCAUUAAGGAGAUGUGCACAGUAGAAGAGCCCAAUGAAGAAUUCACCUCGAGACACAGCCUUGAAUGGAAGUUUCUGUUUUUAGAUCAUAGAGCUCCACCAAUCAUUGGCUAUCUGCCAUUCGAGGUUCUGGGGACGUCAGGGUACGAUUAUUACCAUGUCGAUGACCUGGAGACACUGGCCAAAUGCCAUGAACACUUGAUGCAGUAUGGCAAAGGGAAAUCUUGCUACUACCGUUUCCUGACUAAAGGUCAACAGUGGAUUUGGCUCCAGACACACUACUACAUCACCUAUCACCAGUGGAACUCCCGUCCUGAAUUCAUUGUCUGCACACACACAGUUGUCAGCUAUGCAGAGGUGAGAGCGGAACAGCGGCGAGAGCUGGGUAUCGAAGAAUCAAACCCAGAGGUUCCAGUAGAUAAGAGUCAAGAUUCUGGGUCGGAGUCCCAGCUAAACACGUCAAGCUUAAAAGAGGCGCUUGAGCGUUUUGACCACAGCCAAACACCUUCAACGUCAUCGCGCAGUUCCCGCAAAUCUUCGUCGCAUGUGUCUGACAACACCUGCACCUCCUCGAAGCUCCACAUGGACACAGCCACUCCACCCCGCCAGUCACUGGCCUCCACCAUGGAAAUGACAUCUCAACGUCGCUCGUCCAUCAGCAGCCAGUCCAUGAGUUCUCAGACGACUGGUCAGAGUGCAACUCCGGCUAUGAUGGUUAAGCAGCAGCAGCAACACCAACAACAGCAGCAACACCAACACCAACAGCAACAACAGCAGCAGCAGCAACAACAACAGCCGCAGCAACAGCAGCCGCAACCACCACAACAACAACAGCAACCACAACAACAACAGCAGCAGCAACAACAGCAGCAGCAACAACAACAGCAGCAAAUGCAGACGAAUGUACAGCCGGUAAUGGAAUUUUCUGCACAAGUCAAUGCCAUGCAGCAUCUAAAGGAACAGCUGGAACAGAGAACCAGAAUGAUACAGGCCAACAUUCAGCGGCAGCAGGAGGAGCUGAGACACAUUCAAGAGCAGCUGCAGAGAGUCCAGGGACAAGGGUUCCAGAUGUUGUUGCAACAACAGGGUGGCGCCAUGAACGUCCAGCUUCCCCAAGUUGGUUCGGUCCAGCCCACGGCCUCGCUGACCAAUCAGGUCCAGCAGACAGCGAUGAAUUCCAUCCAUUCAGGAUCUCAGCAGCUCACCAUACAGCAGCAGACCCCCCCACCCCCAGCCCCCCAGCAGAACCUGCAACAGACCCAGCGCCAGCCCCAGCAACCUCCCCAGGCCCAGCCGCAGAGCCAGGGCUCUGUCCCCGCCCCGCUGUACAACACCAUGAUGAUCUCUCAGCCGGGACAACCCAACGUCCUGCAGAUCAGCACCAGCUUGCCGCAGAACAACACUCCGCAAGGAACGGCUGUGGCUACUUUCACUCAAGACAGGCAGAUCCGAUUUCCAGCUGGACAGCAGCUGGUGACGAAGCUUGUAACUGCUCCCAUGGCCUGUGGUGCGGUCAUGGUGCCCACGUCCAUGUUUAUGGGGCAGGUUGUUACCGCCUAUAAUCCCUUUGGCAACCAACAACAGGGAGGACAGACACAAACUCUAACUCUGCAGCCUGCUCAAGCCCCGCCAAGUCAGCCGGAUGGCCAAAGCCAGACCACUGUGGUAGCCCAAGGCAGUCAGCAGGGUCAGCAGCCGCAACAGCAGUUUCUCCCGGGCACUCGACUUCUCCACAGUACGCAGUCAACACAAUUGAUACUUCAGGCAGCUUUCCCACUUCAACAACAGGGUCCUUUCACCCAGACAACACAUCAACAACAGCAGCAGCAGCAGCAACAGCAGCAGCAGCAACAACAACAGCAGCAACAGCAACAGCAGCAACCAUCUCACCACCAGAGGCACCAGCAGCAGCUCAAACCGCAGCCACAGAAACAGGCAAAAGCUCUUUCGUCGCACAGAACAGACAGUGUCAGCAGCCAACCACAGUGAUGUCUGCAGCAUCAUGUGAACGUUACCAUUCAGGGAAAAACAGACUGCCACACACUUUUAAGUUCACGUGGCACAAACAUUUCUUUUCCCUAAAAAAAGCUCCCUGCUCGCUGACAGAUGGUUCACAGGACGAGGAAAACUAAGGAAGCUCACGCAGGAUUGUUGCCAUGGCAACCAGUGGAAUUUGCAUUCCUUGUGAUGGGGAGUGUCACGAAGGGGCUCCGAUUUCUGAAAGUGGACAAAGAUGCAGAGCUCCCCCGUGUCGUCAUGGUAACGGCGACAGGAAGGUGCACGGAAGUGGACAAGCUUGUACAGAAAUGUGUGUACAUAUUCCAAACAGACUAACAGAAGUAGUAUUUUAUAUGACUGCAUGAAAAGAAUACCUGUCUGUUUUUUUUCUUAGUUGCUUUUGAAAGAAUUAUUUUUACUUUUUUGGUCAAGUGUAUUUUGGUCCCAGAUGGAGUGUCGAACGUCUCUCACAGACUCCGCCCCUUUCCCUUCCUCUGGAACAAGUCCCACAUCACGCUCAGUCACCGCUGGGUGACCGCAGGGCUCGGCUUUGGAAACGCAGUGUCUUUGACGGAAAUGUCUUUUUAACCUUGCAAGUACAAAUUGUGUGUUUGGCGAGAAACUUGAUGACAGUUCAGCUGAAUUCUGUACACGAUGAUCACUGUAUGUGUAAGAGGUUAGUGGUGAUUCCAAGUGCCAAUUACAUCAUGUGUUUUUUGUUUUAAACAAGACUACUCAAAGGCAUAUAAAUAUAAAUAUAUAUAUAUAAAUAUAUUCUAUUUUCCAACAAGAUAUUACCCCUAAUAAUGCAAGUGUGUGCGUGUGUGUGUGUGUACAUAGAAGGGAUUAUUUUUGAACAGUAAGAGAACCAUAUUAUUAGCAAAUCCUCAGCCUCCUGCAACAUUAGCACUUGUGGUUGUGUACACUAAAUCACUGUCAGCCCGUGUUGUUGUAACUGUGGUGUGAUGCUUUGAGCUCGUGUGUGUUUUUGGGAGUACAAUCUGUGUGUCGCGGCGUGAGCAUGGGUGUCUCAUCUGUGCAUGUGUGGGAGUGUGUGUGUGCGCGCGAGUGACCCCCCCUCCACCCACCCACACACCUUGUCUUACUCUAACCGUCUUAGUAAGUUGCUGGUUGGUACUUGUAUUCUCAGGUUUGUGAAAGGUUUUCUCGCGUCUGCCUCAGUCUAGUACUAAAGCAGGAAGAGGGGUGCCAUGAUGCUGCAAGAGCAAAGCCCCGUCUUCAACUGUGGCGUUGGUUUGGAGGUGACACGUUGGAGACGAAAGGUGGUCUGCUUUAUUCUUCCCGGCUCUCUUGUGACAUCAUCGUCUCCGUCUCCUCCUCCUUCCCUCGGCCUCAGAAAUCCACAUGCAGUUCAGCUUCUCAGUUCCCAUGCAGCGGUGUAGAGCCGGUCGACUUGACAUUUCCUGUUGCUCUUGUACGACAAAUGUAAGCCAUAUCAAACAGAAAAGCCUCGGAUUGGUGUGAUGGUUGGAGCAUUGUGAAUGUGUAGCUGUGUCUUGGUGUGUGUGUGCACUGUGAGACUACUGUGUCCUCUUCUUUAACCUACUUCUUCUAUAUCUCGGGGGGUGAGUUCCCCCUGGCGAUAGUCAAUCAGUUCUUACGUUGCAGUAAAAAGAAUUAAAUGUGGUGUUCAAGGAACCUCCUCUGCAGUCGGGCUCAGACUUCUGAGAGCUUGUGUGAGGGGUGGUCCAACUUGAAUAUGGAUGUGUGUGUGUGUGCGUGUGUGUGUGAGGAAGGAGUGUGUUUGUAUGCAUGCUGUAACUGAGCUGCCACUUGUGACACAUUAUUUUUUCACCAGAAAAACUCUUAUGGUGACGUGCAUAACGUCUUGGUCUGAGUACAAAGUGGGUGCUGCUAUUGUGUAACUGCUCAAACUCCCAGUGAUGUUUCUGAUAAAAUGUUCCCCCAUCGAUGGGCCUGACCCUAUACAAAUGACCUUCCCACUAAGAUGUUUACUCGAGUGAUUCUAGUCGUCGACUUCCACCCAGUCAGUGCAUCUCCUCUCUACACUUGGCUCCCAAGGAUCCUGGCCACGUGCGUGCGUGCGUGUGUGUGUGUGCGUGUCACUGGCGCCCAGCCCAAAGAAUGUAUAGUUGUUUUUAAAAGAGACGUAUGGAUGUUGAGUUUUUCAUGAAGGAAAUGAGGGGUAGUUCAAACGUGUGCCACUGUAGUCACCCAAAUGUUUCAGUAUUUUCACUUCCAUUUUCUUUACGAAAGGAGCUCUGAAUGUUUCGACCCUUGUGUUGGUGAAAGGACCGUGGCGGGUGUCUUCUGCUGGGAAAGAGACUCUGGGUGUAGGAUAUAGGGAGAGAAUCACCGUCGACAGACAGGCGCCCCCCCCUCUGCCCAAACAGCUAAGUGUAAAAAGGUGCUAUGCUUACCUGUACCGUUUGUAUGUCUGUAUAUCCUUUCUGCUAUUGAACUGUGCUCCUUUUUAUCUACCCUCCCAAGUAAAAUGUAAUACUAUUCAAUAUUUUAAAGCAAAAAAUGUUUGCAGUUAUUAUACCCUUCUUCCCUCUUGGUCAAUUUGAAAAUUAAAGACAGAUGCAAAUAUUAUGUAAAA